CCCUAACACGUGUGAGAGAAUCCGUUAAGCUGUGAUGUUUCCCAAGCUCUCGUUCCGGCGCGGCUUCGCCGCCGCGACGGCGGCGGCGGAAGCGAAAGCGAAAGCUAAAGCUCGAAACACUAAUUUCAUGGCGGAAUACCUCGUCUCCACCCUCGGGUUCUCCACAGUGGAAGCGGCGAAGGCCUCCAAAUCUAUCUCCCACCUGAAAUCCCCUCAAAGACCCGAUUCCAUUGUUUCAUUUUUCAAAUCUCAUGGUUUCGAUCAAUCCCAGAUCAAAAAGCUCGUGUCUUGGCAUCCCCGUUGGCUCUGCUUUGAUCUCCACAAAACCCUAACCCCAAAGUUCCAGGCGUUCAAGGACUUCGGCUUCUCCGAUGGCGAUAUCGUUCACCUCAUUACGUCCAACCCUGGAGCUCUCCACCUCAGCCUAGAGGGCAAUCUACUUCCGAAGUUGAAGUUUUGGAGGGAUUUCUUGGGUUCUGGGGAGUAUCUGAUGACGCUGGUGAAGCGAGGGAACUGGAUGAUGACGACGAGCUUGACGAAUGUGGUGAUUCCCAAUCUCACCUUUCUUCGAGAAUGUGGCGUCUCCGACGAGCGUAUCGUCAUGGUUGUCUGCAAAACUCCAAGGUUCAUCUUGCAGAAGAGGGAGAAGCUGGAGACGGCUGUGGAGCUCGUUGAUUGCACCGGCGUACCCCGGAGGUCAGGGUUGUUCCUAUGGGCUAUCUGGGCUGUGUACUUAGCUGGAAAAGCCAAGUUCUAUGCGAAGCUUGAGAUGAUGAAGAGCUUUGGAUGGUCAGAAGCUGAUUUCUUCAUGGCAUUCCGUAGGGCUCCGGUUUUCAUUCUGGUUUCAGAGAAGAUGGUGAGGGAAAAGAUGAAGUUUUUAUUAAAGGAUGUGGGUUGUGAGAGUUCCUACGUUGUUGAGCAUCCUGAUCUCUUGAUGUAUAGUUUGGAGAAGAGGUUGCUUCCUCGGUAUAGAGUAGUGGAGAUUCUCAAGUCCAGAGGAUUGCGCAGGAGAGACUAUGACUUCCGGACGGUAAUGUGCCGGUCGGAGAAGUAUUUCUUGGAGAAGAUUGUGUUGCGGAACAUUGAUAAAGUCCCUGAGCUUCACCAAGUGUACAAUUGUGGAAUCUGUUCUGGAUUUGCUGUUUGAGAUCUCUGCCUGAUGUUCUUGAGAAUUUUCAGGUUGCAGCCUGCAGGUACUACAUCAGAUUGAUAAUUGGUUACAGAACUGUGUCUUGUAAUGUUUGCAAUCUUUAUGGGUAGUAGGAUUUCCGCAAAAG